AUGUCAAGGCCUGGUGGUGGUCAGCUUCCUCCUCGUUGUCCGAUUCCAAAGAAGCUGUCGCUGAAUCCCGUUGCAGACACAUUCUACUCUUCUUCUUCACCCAUUGAAUCAUACAUUGGCCAGUACAAGUCUUCCUCCACUCAAGAUUCCACGCUCGAGGACCAACCAGCUUGGCUUGAUGAGUUGCUCCGUGAGAAAACCGAUGGGAUGCUCACUGGAGGAGGUCCUCUCCGCCGCUCAGCUAGUGACUCGGUUGUGCUUUUGGGAGACAUCUCAGCAAACUUCUCUGGUUUUAACCAAAGCGAAGAUGAAGAAAGUCUGACAUCUGAAGCUUGUGGGGAGCUGGAGUCAGCUUGUGUAUAUGGUCCCAACUCGCCCAGAGCAAGGAACAACUCAAGCUUCUCUAACAAUCCUAUUGCUUCUGCCUUCUCGGAAUUUGGCUCUCAGAAAACUCCUCAGAACUCGGAUGAUACUUUUCAAGGGACCAAUUGUUCGCCCAUGGCAGAAAAUGCUUGCGGUUCAAUGGGCGUACCAAAUGCAAAAAGGAACCCAGGACAGCGCUCGAGAGUUCGUAAGCUCCAGUACAUUGCUGAACUUGAGAGGAGGGUAUCCAUGUUGCAGGCGGUGGAAGCGGAUUUAUCAGUGAGAGUGGCUUCACUUCUUCAGGCACGUGCAACGCUGUCCCUGGAGAAUAGCCAGCUGAAGCAGCAGAUGGCGAUACUAAAGCAGGACAAGCUCAUAAGGGAAGGUGAAUACCAGCUACUGAAGAAGGAAGCUCAGAGAUUGCAAUCUGGAAUGGGAAACUUAGGGAGCAAUAACAACAGUAACAGGUUGGUCAGGUCAUAUUCUGAUGGUUACAAUAUAGCUCCAAGGAUAGCUUCGUCACAGUUGGACUGGAAGUUGCUGGAUCUAACCAAACUCAAUCUCAAAUAA